CCGGAGAGAUGCGAAUGUUAUUGAGGUACUUCCAUCCCUUUCCCCACCCAGUCAACAGAGUCAUUUGAGAAAAUAGCUUGAUGCGGGGGAGGGGAAGCGCUAGGACCCACUCCAGGGGAAAAGAAGAAAACAGCGAGGAAAGAGUGAAGGAUACACUAUCAGGGAUACGAACACAUGGAAGAAGAAACGAAUGAGACUUUUCAUUCUGAUUUGAGCAAUUUUAUGACUGGAGCAAAGAUCCAUUCAUGUGCGUUCAUGGCUCUCUUCGAUUGUACUUUUUAGAGAACUCCGUUUAAUUGCGCAUAUCAGCGAGGUUUCGGCGAGCGACUAUGUCCCAUAGUCUUUUUAGGCGCAUAUCGAUGGAAAACGCGGACGUCGUCGUUUGGGAAUAACUGUGAGCAACAUUUAGAACAAGUAGGCCUAUGCUAUCAGUCGAUAUGGGAAGAACAGAGGCAGCGGGGUGGAAAUUCCUACGGGACUCUCUCCUACUUUGUCUUUUUACCGGUCACAGUGAGGCCCAGUGUGAUGGCUGUGUGGAGUACUGCUGUGAAGGCUCUCCCCCUUUCUGCUGCUCCUACUACGCCUUUAUGGGAGAUGUCCUCUCGGGCACGGCGAUCUCAGGCAUCGUGUUUGGUGUGGUGUUUCUGAUGGGAGCGCUGGCGGCCUUCUUCCUGUGUGUGUGCAUGUGUGUGAAGAACGGGCGAGGGGCCCAGGUGGACGUGUUCAACACCUCCUACAUCAACACUGUGUCCCAGGGCUACCCAGGACCCCCACCUCCCUACACCUAUGACUAUGAGAUGUACCCUUCGGCCAUGCGCCCCCCUCCCUACACCCCCACCCCACCUAGGACAGACAGCUACUCCCCUCCCCCUCCGUAUCCGGGCUAUAAUCGCAAAUGACUUGAAGACAAAAUGGAGAGUCCUGACCAGGCUACUUGCCUUUCUGAAGGAGCACAUCAUGGAUUAAGCUUAUGCAGUGUAUUAGCAGGGAAAGAUGAGACUGUACGCAUAUCCUUUCGAACCCCUGGGUCACUUAAAAUAACUGCAUGUGGACUGGACCACUUUGACCUUUUCUUGUGGGUAUGACUGGGUCAAUUAAACUGAUUGGUGUUUUGUGUGUGUGUGUGUGUGUGGGGGGGGGUGAAAACCUCUGAAUCACUUAAAAUGACUGUGUGGACUGAUCCACUUUUGAACAUUUGAUGUGGGGGUCAAUCCAACUGAUCAGCUUGUCGGGGGUGAAAACCACUAGUAGUAUUUGACUCAUAUUCUAUGUCAAUGAAUAUGAGUGAGGGGACAAAGUACGUAACUUUAUUUGAAGAUGUGGAUCUUUGUUGUACCAUUUCUCUGGUAGAGAUGUCUGUUAGCUGGCUUUCCUUUAGGCCAGGUGCUCUUCCCUAUCUUAUUUCAACAAGGCAAAGGAGAGAAAACUGUAGCCUAGUCCUAGAUAUGUUUGUGCUCUAUUGCCAAUUCUUUAUGUGGCAAUGACCUGAGGACAUGGCGAGACAGCACAAACAAAUCUGGGACCAGUCAAGGAAAACUGUGUAAAACUAUGAAUUGUACCGUAGAAACAGGAUGGUAAACAUACGGCUCCUUGGUGAAGUUUCCCCUAGGUACAGAUCUAGUAUCAGCUUCCCCUUCUCCCAAUCCCAACCUUAACUAUUAGUGGAGAUACUACAAAACUGACCCAAGAUCUAACAUCUAAAUCAAACUUUAUUUGUCACAUGCGCUGAAUACAACAGGUAUAGACCUUACUGUGAAAUGCUUACUUACUGGGCCGUACGCACUACCCUCUGUAGCGCCUUACGGUCAGAUGCCGAGCAGCUGCCAAAGCAGGCGUUGAUGCAACCGGUGAGGAUGCUCUUGAUGGUGCAGCUGUAUACAUUUUUGAGGAUCUGAGGACCAUUGGCAAAUCUUUUCAGUGUCCUGAGGGGGAAAAGGUGUUGUCGU